AUGAAAUACCGCAACCUUCCCCGUACCGACCUGCUCCUAUCCGAAGUUGGCUUUGGUGUCUGGACCGUGGCCACCAACUGGUGGGGCCUUAUCCCCGAAGAGACGCGCCGCAGCCUGCUCGAAGAGGCCCUGGAACUCGGCAUCAACUUCUUCGAUACCGCCGACACCUACGGCGAGGGCUACGGCGAAGAGGUGCUCGCCAAGUUCAUGGGUCACCGCCGACAUGAAAUGAUCAUCGCCACCAAGUUCGGCUACGACUUCUACGACACCACCACGCCCCGCAUCGGCCACCAGGAGCGCCCCCAGAAAUUCGAGCCCGAGUUCAUCCGGUUCGCCUGCGAGCAGUCCCUUCGCCGCCUGAACACCGACUAUAUCGACCUCUACCAGCUGCAUAACCCUCGCGUCCCUGCCAUCGAAAGCGACGAAGUAUUCGAAACUCUGGAGGACCUCAAGCACGAGGGCAAAAUACGAUUCUACGGCUCUGCCCUCGGCCCCGAUAUCGGCUGGUUUGAGGAAGGCCAGCUCAGCAUGGAAGAGCGCCACGUCAACAGCAUCCAGAUUAUCUACAGCAUCCUGGAGCAGGACCCGGCAAAGGACUUCUUCCCCAUCGCCGCCAAAGAAGAGGUGGGACUCCUGUCGCGGGUGCCCCACGCCUCGGAGGCCCUCACCGGACGCUACGAUGCUCCACCCGAGUUCGACGAGUCCGACCACCGCUCAUUUCGACGGCACCAAUGGCUCAGCGAGGCGUUGGUAAAGGUUGACCAGGUAAAGUUCCUCGCCGGCGAAGAUGUUGGACGCACCAUGAGCCAGGCCGCCAUUCAAUUCGUGCUGAACCAACCCACCAUCACCAGCGUCCUGCCCAACUUCACCACGCUGGAAGAGCUCAAGGAGUACUCCGACGCGGUGGAUACCCCGCCCAUCUCCGAAGGCGACCAGGCCAUCAUCGACGAUCUCUGGGCCAACAACUUCUAUCUCGAAGAGCCCGAACCCGUGUUUCGCGAAAUCUGA